AUGGGUUGUGGAGAAAUUGCUAGUGAAGAAGAUGAGCAAAGUAAUAGGUUAACUCCUCUUUUUGGUAAACUGGUUGAAACUCCAAAUUUAGAGAGCUUGAAUUUAUCAUCACUCAACAUCCAAAAGAUAUGGAGCGACCAGCACUUGUCUAGUUUUUGCUUUCAAAACUUGAUUAAAUUAGUUGUGAAAGACUGUGAUAAAUUGAGAUAUCUAUGUUCAUUGUCUGUGGCUAGCAGUUUAAAAAGGCUGAAAAGCCUAUCGAUAAGUGAGUGUCAGAUUAUGGAGAAGAUUUUUGAGGCUGAAGGAAAUAGUUCAGACAAGGUUUGUGUCUUCCCUAGGUUGGAGGAAAUCCACCUUAGAAAAAUGAAUAGUUUAAUAGAUAUGUGGGAAACUAAAGUGACCAUGGAUUCCUUUUCAAGUCUCAUUUCUCUGAAUAUUGAAGAAUGCAAUAAACUAGACAAGAUUUUUCCACAUCAUUUGGGAGGAUGGUUUGAAAGUUUGGACAACUUGAAAGUUUCUAGAUGUCAAUCAGUGCAAAUGAUUUUUGAAAUCAAUGAUUCUCAAGAAAAAAAUACAUAUGUUGGGAUAAAUACAAAUUUGCAGGUUAUUCUUCUUGAAUAUCUCCCAAAGUUGAAGCAGUUGUGGAGUAAUGAUCCAGAUGGAAUUCUUAACUUCAAAAAAUUGCGGACUAUAGAAGUUGGUAGUUGUAAUGAAUUGAGGAAUUUGCUUCCGAUUGCUGUUGCCAAAGAUGUCUUAAAGCUUGAACGGAUGUCAGCUCUGCAUUGUAAGAAAAUGGUAGAAAUUGUUACAAGUGAAAAUGCAUUAGAAGUUAAUAACGAUGCAUUAUAUGGGCUAUCAAAUAUCAAGCAUUUCUGCAAAGGCAAACAUUCCAUAAAGUGUCCAAAACUGAAGGAGCUGACCGUGGGUGAGUGCAUGAAGCUCAACUCAUUCUCCAAAGAAAUUGGUAAAACAACAGAUGAUGAAGAUAAAUGUGUUUUCUUAGCUGAAAAGGUGUUUCCCAACUUGGAGUAUUUGGAAAUUGACUUUAAGGAAGCACAAAACUUGUUACCCAGCUUCCAAAUGCACAGUUUAAAAGAGCUUAGUUUGAUCUCAGUCCAAAGUGUUGAUCUUCUCUACCAUUUUCCCUACAAAAUGCCAAAUCUAGAAAAGUUAAAAUUGUCGUUCUCUUUCUCUCAUAAAGUGUCAGUGCCAAUAGCAGACAUUUCACAACAAAAUAAAUUGGGAAUUCUGUUAAAGCUGAAGGAAUUAGUUUUGUUGUAUCCAAGGGUAAAGGAUUUGGAAUUAGGACAAGUUCCAAAUCUACAAAGGUUAGAGCUUUUGAGCUUAGAAGGUUGUUACGAAUUGAAGAAUUUAGUUUUUCCCUCUGUAUUGACUUACUUGACCUGUUUGAAACUGAAGAAUUGUUCAAGAUUAAAGUAUUUAGUUGCAUCCUCGACUGCUAUAAGUAUGGUUCAACUAAAAACUCUGAAGAUAAUUAACUGCCGUGAAGUAGUGGAAAUAGUAAGCAAUGAGGGAAACGAAGAAGGCAAAGUGACAAAAAAUGUAUUCAGCAAAUUGAUUUCUAUGGAACUUGUGGGACUAGACAACCUUACAAGUUUUUGCAGUUACAAAGAGUGUGAAUUUGAAUUUCCAUCGCUGGAAAUAUUAAUUGUAAGAGAAUGUCCGAAGAUGAAAAGAUUCAGCGAAAAAGAGUCAAUAGCACCAAAGUUAAAGAAUGUAUUUGGUGUAGAAGGAAAUGAAAAGACUAAAUGGCCAUGGAAAGAUAACUUGAAUGCCAAUUUCAACGAUAAGAUGACUUUCACAUACAGUGAGUCUCUGGAUCUGGGUUUUAACAAUUCUACAGAAUUUAUUAUAGAGCAACUAUGGCAUGACACUCGUUCCGUGCACCAAAACAGCUUUGGGUAUUUGAAAAGGUUGAGUGCAUCGGGUUGUGAUACUCUAGAGCAUGUAAUUCCAUCUCAUUUGCUUUCUUGCUUUCAGAAUUUGGAAGUGUUACAAGUAUGGGAUUGCAGGAAUGCAGAGGUCAUAUUCAGUAUCAAUGAUGAGAACAGGGUGACAAAAGCUUCCGGAAUAUUCCGCUUGAAAAGUUUGUAUUUGAAGAAUCUACCAGAGCUGAAGGAUGUAUGGGACAAGGAUCCGAAGGGAAUUAUUGGAUUUCAAUUGCUAAAGGAAAUGAAUGUUUCAAAAUGUGAGCGUCUUAAAAGUUUGUUUCCAGCAUCGGUGGCCAAAGAUCUUACCGGACUUGAGCUGAUUGAGGUAACAGAGUGUAAGGAAUUGGCAGAAAUAUUUACAAAGCAUGGAGAAGGAGAAGGAACAACACAACACCCUGUGUUUCCUCGUCUCACCACAUUGACGCUACAGCAUUUGCCAUGCGUCAAAUACUCUAUCCACUCCAAAGAACAGGUGCAAUUUUCGGAAUCUUCGCGUAGAGAUAGCCAACAACAAGAGUUAUAUCUUGGUUCAUGGCUCAUCCCCAACUUCUACUUUGGUCUCUUACGUUCUUUGAGUGUGGACGGUUGUCAUUUUUUAUCAGAUGCACUGCUACCAUGCAAUCUACUUCCUUUCUUAGCUAAUUUGGAAACCCUUGACGUUCGAAACUGUGAUUCUGUCAAAACCAUUUUUGAUAUGACAUGUGCAACACAAUACUCAAUGACUUUUCCUGUAAAGGAAUUGAAGUUAUUCAAGCUGUCGAAUUUGAAGAAUGUUUGGAAUAAAGAUCCUACUGGAGUUAUAAGCAUGCAACAUCUACAAGAAGUGUUUGUUGAUGGCUGUCCUUGUCUUAUAAGCGUGUUUCCCUCAUCAGUUGCCAAAGAACUCGAGGAACUGCAAAAUCUAGUGGUGAAAGACUGCGAUACGCUGAUGACAAUUGUUGCAGAAGAUCCAAGUCGAACAAAUCAUGACCUCCCUUGUCCCCGUAUUAGGUCACUGCGACUACGGCGUUUGCACAAGUUAAAGUACUUUUACUACCACUCACUGCAGUCCGAUAAUUUUACACAUCAAGUCUACUUUGAAAGGUGCCUGAUACUGGGAGAAGAUGGAGUGAAGAAUUUGAGAGAAGUAUUACAGAGAGAAAAGGGAUUGGAUGUGAAUUUACGUGAAGAAUUUCAGAGAAAACCUCUUACAGAACUUCAAAAGAAGCUUGUGGUUUGUGAUGGUUCCUUCAAGGAGAUAUUCUAUUGUCAAAGUCCUAAUAACGUGGAUUAUAGUGGAGUUGUAUCACAGUUGAAAGUAUUACACUUGAAGUCUCUCAAAGAUCUGAUUUCCAUUGUGUCAGAUAACUCUUUGGCCGAAACUUUUCUCAGAAAUCUAGAAACUCUGCAAGUGAAUAGUUGUUCAAGUUUAAUAAACUUGGUAAAAUGCAGAGUGCCUUUCUUCAAUCUGACAUAUUUGAAAGUAGACAAUUGUGGUAGCCUCACAUAUUUGUUCACAUCCUCGACAGCAAAAAAUUUAGUUCAACUGAAAAGAAUGGAGAUAGAAAAUUGUAAAUCAAUUGAAGAGAUAGUGUCUAAAGAGGUUGUAGAGGAAUCGAAUGAUGAUGAGAUAAUAUUUCCUCAUCUCAGUUGGAUGAAUCUUGAGUCUUUACGAAAUCUUAGAAGAUUCUACAAAGGAAGUUUAAGUUUCUCGUCCUUGGAGAAAUUGUCAAUAAUCACUUGUCCCAGCAUGGAAACUUUAUGUUUGGGUACGGUAAAAGCAGACAAUUUGUCUCAAGUUAUAGUUGGUAUGCCGGUGGAAACAAUUCCAUUGGAAAUUAAUCUCAACUCUACAAUACGAAAGACAUUUCUCACAAAGAUUGCAGAGAUUCCCCGACUUGAUCUCCAAAGUAGGCCAAAUCUACAAGAGAUAUGGCCUGGUUCAGUGCGGAUCCCCGAUUUGUGUUUCAGUAGAUUGGAAACAUUGAUCAUGGAGAACUGUCCGUUUUUAUCAGAAGCAGUGCUACCCUUUCCUAUACUUCCUUUAUUACCUAAAUUGAAAACAUUGAAAGUUCGAAACUGUGAAUCUGUCAAAGUCAUUUUUGAGGUCAAAGGUACAACGCAAGACGCAAUGAACUCUCCUCCGAAAAUUCCAAGUAUUAACCAUUUACGAGAAGUAGAAGUUGAGAAUUGUAAAGUCCUUACAAGUGUGUUUUCCGCAUUAAUAGCCAAAGAUCUCGUAGAACUUGAAAAGCUAACGGUGAAAGACUGUAAGGAAUUGAUAACAAUUGUUGCAGAAGAAACCAAAGUUGAGGUUACGUCUCCUUGUCCCCGUGUGAGAUCAUUAGAACUACGAGAUUUGCCCGAGUUCAAGUAUUUCUACUACUGCUCACUCAAGUCUGACAUUUAUAAGCAUCUAGAAUCACAUACCGAGGAUAAAACUGAAAAGAGCCUGUCACUGGGGAGAAAAGGUAUAGAGAUGAUUUUGAAUGGAGAAUUUCAGACAAACCUUUUACACAACUUAAAAGUUCUUACUCUCUACUUUGGUAGUGAGUCGAAUGUAUUUCCACAUGAAAUUCUAAAGCAGGUGCCCGAUGUAGAGAAACUUGUGGUGCGUGAUGGUUCCUUCACAGAGAUCUUCUGCUGUCAAAGUUGUAAUGAUGUGGAUUAUAGUGGACUUCUAUUACAGCUGAAAGUAUUACACUUGGAGUCCCUUCCUAAGCUCGUUUUCAUUGUGUCAGAGAACUCUUCCAAUGAACCUUUUCUCAGAAACCUACAAACCUUGCAAGUGAUUAGUUGUUCAAGUUUAGUGAACUUGGAACUAUGCAGAGUGUCUUUCUCUCAUCUGACAUAUUUGAAAGUAGAGGAUUGCGAUAGCCUGACAUAUUUAUUCACAUCCUCGACAGCCAAAAAUUUGGGUCAAAUCAAAACAGUGGGGAUAAAAAAUUGUAAAUCAAUGGAAGAAAUAGUGUCUAAAGACGGUGGAGAGGAAUCAAAUGACGAUGAGAUAACGUUUCCGCAUCUCAGUUGUAUGAAUCUCGAAAAUUUGUGGAAUCUCCGAAGAUUCUAUAAAGGGAGUUUAAGUUUCACGUGCUUGGAGAAAUUGUCAGUAAUCAAUUGUCACAGCAUGGAAACUUUAUGUCCAAGUCCAAGUACGCUAAAAACAGAGAAAUCGUCUCAAGUUAUGGUUGGUAUGUCUGAGGCUAUUCCAUUGAAAACUGAUCUCAAUUCUACAAUUCGAUCGGCAUUCCGAAGAAAGAUUUCAGAGCUUCAGCGACUUGUUCUAAAAAAUAGACCAGGACUGCAAGAGAUAUGGCAUGGCUCAUUGUAUAUCCCCGACUUCAGUAAGUUGGCCAUGUUGAUUGUGGACGGCUGUCAGUUUUUAUCAGAUACAGUGUUACCCUUCCAUUUACUUCCUUUUUUACCAAAAUUGGAAACAUUGGAAGUUCGAAACUGCAAUUCUAUGAAAACCAUAUUUGAUGUCAAAUGUACUCCAAAAGACACAUCAAUCACUUUUCCUCUGAAUAAAUUGAUUUUAUCCAAUCUUCCAAAACUGAAGAAUGUCUGGAAUGAAGAUCCUAUUGGAAUUCUAAGCAUGCCCAAUCUACAAGAAGUCUUUGUUGAUAAUUGUAGAAGCCUUAAAAGCAUAUUCCCCACAUCAGUAGCCGAACAUCUUGUGAAACUUGAAAAUCUAAAAGUCAAAAACUGUGAGAGAUUGAUUACAAUUGUUGCACAGGAACACGAUAAGGAUCAAGAAAUAAUAUUUAAGCGGCUCAAGCUUUUAGAUCUUCAAAAUUUAGAUGAGCUAACGUGCUUUUACCCUGGCAAUUUUACUUUAAGUUUUCGAUCGUUGGACGAAGUGCACGUCAUCAACUGCAGCUCCAUGAAGAUUUUCAGUGAAGUCAAUAAGAUAGAUCAUUCGAUAAAGUGGUAUGUUGCAGGAAAUCUUGAACCCCGACAGGAAAGUGAUCUUAUUAAAGUAUAA